GGUUUUCAAUUCUUUGUGCCGUACUCUUGAGUUGGUUCUUCGCGUCUCUCUCGCGUUUCCCGUACACACUCCAUUUGCUAGAUCAUUCAUCCAAGUAAUCACUAGGAAUCAUGAGCAACGAAGAAGAGAAGAGGUGUCCUUUGUGUGCAGAAGAGAUGGACUGGACUGAUCAACAGUUGAAGCCCUGCAAAUGUGGUUAUGAGGUGUGUGUUUGGUGUUGGCAUCACAUAAUGGACAUGGCAGAGAAGGAUGCAACAGAGGGACGUUGUCCUGCGUGUCGCACACCUUAUGAUAAGGAUAGAAUUGUAGGGUUGGAAGCAAAUUUUCAGAGGGUAUCUGCCAAUGGUUCUAGUCGAAAACAAAAGCAACCAAAGGCAAAGCAAAAACCAAAUGAACCAAGGAAGGAUCUCAGCAAUGUUCGAGUGAUUCAGCGAAAAAUGGCAUAUAUUAUUGGGCUGCCCCUUAGUAUAGCAGAUGAAGAUUUAUUGCAGCGAAAAGAUUAUUUUGGGCAAUAUGGGAAAGUUACCAAGGUUUCACUUUCUCGGACGGCUGGUGGGACAGUUCAGCAGUUUGUCAAUGAUACUUGUAGUGUAUAUAUUACUUACUCAAAAGAGGAAGAAGCAGUGAGGUGUAUUCAAUCUGUGCAUGGAUAUGUGCUGGAUGGUAGAGCAUCAUUUGGAACAGCAAAGUACUGUCAUGCAUGGUUAAGGAAUAUGCCCUGCAACAAUCCUGCAUGUUUAUAUUUGCAUAACAUUGGUGCUGAAGAAGAUAGUUUUGGCAAAGAUGAAAUAGCUGCAGUUCAUACUAGGAAUAGAGUUCAGGAAAUUGUUGGUGCUGCCCAAUAUUUGCAUAAACGGUCAGGAAGUACAUUGCCAUCACCAGUAGAUCAACACUUGAACAACCACAGUCCUUCACCAGAUGGUCUGAAAGUUGUAGAUUAUGCUACAGCAGCAGCUUGUAAUGAUCAGAGUCAGUUGCCUAGAUCAUCAAAACACAUGACAACUUUUGUAGAUAUUGUUGGAAGGUCAUGUAAUUCGGGUUCUGAUAAAGAUGUGACAGAAGGGCGGAUGGUGAAUUUAUGUUCUGAGAUGUCUUCUAUAUGCAUGAAUAAGGCCGAAAGUUCAGAUCUAGUGUCAUUAAAAUCAUCAUAUCCUGUUGAUGGAGUGACCAAUAGCAAAUCAGUAGAAGUUAAGGACAGUAACAUUAUUACAAAAGAAGAAUCUGAUUCUGAUGAUCAGGGAUGGGAAGAUUGUAUAGCUUCAAGUCAGAAGGGUUAUUUGGAUCCUUGUGAGGCGAUUAAGAAGCGUUAUGAUUGGUGGAAUAUGGAGUCUUGUAGUGUAAAUAAUAAGUAUGCAGGAGAUGAAGGUGUUAGACAGUCAGCAGCAUGUACAAAUUCUUUGUUGAGUGAGAAAGAGGGUUUGGGUAAAUCAGAUUCAGAUAGGAUAUAUAGAAGCUCUAAAGCUUUUUCCAAUGAGGAGAUAGUGGAGCAUUUGAGACGUCUUGGUGAUGAUGAUAGUUUUGUGAAUGAUGAUGAUGAUGAAAAUUCUGCUGCUGUGGAAAGCAGCAUAAUAUCAAAUAUUUUGUCCAUGGAUUUUGAUGGGUCUGAUGAUUCUGUCUUGCCUGGAAUGGGAUUAACCAGAACCAGAACCAGAACCAGGACAAUAUCUAUAAAACCACAAUAUCAGGCAUCAAGGGGGGUUCAGAACUUGAACUUGACACCACCAGGAUUCUCCAAACCACCUCCUGGCUUUUCCUCAUCCAUGACCAUCAGAAGUGAGCAGCAGGCUGUUUCUGCCACUCCUGGAAGUUAUGCGACAAAUUCUUUUUCAAACAAUCAUCAUUAUCGUACACCAUCAAUAGGGAAUAUCAGCAACAGUAGCGAUGAUCUUAUCGAUCCUGCCAUAAUGGUUGUUGGAAGAGGCAAAUCAUCAUCUUUUGACAUGAGGUCCAACUCCAACUCCAACUCCAAUUCAUUCGAUGAAGAGUCAAAACUCUGGCUCUUGAUGCAACAACAACAAUCUGCAACUUCUGCAGCAGCAUACCAUCAUAAUCAUCAUCAUCAUCAUCAUGAUCCUCAAUAUUCUCAAACCUCCUUGAUGCCCCGCCAGUUUCCUUCUUCUUAUCAAGAUGAUUAUUAUGGCGAACUGAAUUCCAGGGUAGUGGAUCAACAGCACCAACACCAGAGGUACUUACAACAACACAAGUUUGGAAACGGUGGGGGGCAUGGGCAUGGGCAUGAGGUUCAACAACUUAACAGUAGAAGUGAAGUGGGGUUGGAUAAAUUGUUGCCUGGGUAUGGUGAUGUAUACACUCGGGUGUUUGGAAUGUAAAUUACUAUCUCCCUCUCUCCCUUCACCUUUUUAAAAUCUUUCUUUCUGGGUUCCGUUUGUGUAGUAGUUAAAGAGAGAAAUAGAUCAACUUUUCGUUUCAAGUAUAUUAUUAUUAUUAUUAUUAUUAUCAUUAUUAUU